ACACACACACUGAGAGAGAGAGAGAGAGAGAUAGAGAGUUAAGGAAAUGUGGAAUGGAAAUGUGAAUACUUUCCAUUUGAUGCCCCAAUUUUAUAUGAAAAAAAGAAACUACCAAAACAAGAAUAUGGAAAAAAAUGAACUCCCUCUCACGAUAAAAGCCACUCACUACAUCUCUACAUCUCUACCGCAAUCUCUACAACUCUGUCUUCCUUCUGUCUUUUUUCCCAACCAAGAAUUACAAUGGAUCAGCAACCACAAUCCAUUAUUAAAAAACCCUCAAAGUUUUCCCGGUUUCUGCGAUCGAUUUUUGGCAGCUGCGGCGGGAAGUCGGUGGAGAAGACAUUAGUUGAGGAUGAAAAAGAUGGGAAUAGAGAUUAUUCUUUUUCUUUUUCUGCCUCCGGCUCGGACUCGGAUUCAGCUUAUUCUUCAAAGGAAAAGGGCAGUAAAAAUGGAAAAUUGCAAAAUGAGUUUCAGAAUGUGACAGAUGACAUUAAGGAAGAACUUCAAGUGGCUGACUUGAAAAGGAAGUUGACAGAAACUACUGAAGAGCUUUUAGAAAUUCAUCCCCGUGAACUCAAGUUCAUAUUUGAAUUGAAGAAGCAGUCAACGUGCUCUGUUCGACUCUUCAAUAAGUCCAACAACCAUGUUGCGUUUAAGGUACAAACAAAUCAUGUUUUAUUCGCAUGAGUAGUACUAGUGAAAUAUUGCUGCAUUUUCUAAAUGGAAUGGU